AUGGCCGCGACCUCCCUGACUGCGAAGCACGUCGCGCUGGCGAAGCUGAAGCCCAGCUUCCCGGUGGCUAGCUUCAAUUCAAGCUCCAAAUCUGGCUCACAUCAUAACCCAAAAGAGUGCUUGGCCUUCUCAAAUCGGCCCUCGACGCGCGCACGCCACGCUCACCUGCACAUGAUUGCACCGCGGACGCUGGCGGCCACGCGUGUGGACGAGAAGAGACCAUCAUUCAUAGGUUCUGGUCAUGCCCUCAUUCGGCGCUAUUCUGGAAUAUUAUGCACUCGGAAAAAGGUGCUCCCAGAGUGCGCUAGCAUCAUGGAUGUCGGCAUGGUUUGGUGGCAAGCUUUUGGAGUGGCACUUCUCAUGUCAUAUCUUGUUCUAGCCAUCAGAGGAGAAGAUGUAAGAACUACAAAGAACAGGGAAAAUAUUGACCAGAUUCGACAAGUUGAUAAAACUAUCGUGACGGAUGGAGGAGAUGUCUAUGAUUGCACUGAUGUGAAUCUUCAACCAGCUCUUAACCACCCAUUAUUGAAAGACCACAAAAUUCAGAUGGGGCCAAGUUCCUUUCCGAAUGGACUAAAUGUCAAAUCUCCAUUCCUAAAUGUUGAAUCCGAAGCGCAUCCAUCGGUCAUCGAAUGCCCAAUUGGAACAAUUCCAAUACUUCGUAACAAUAGAAGGGAGCAUGUAGCAGGACACAAUAUUGAUGCUGUGUUUACCAAGUUUAAGCAACAAGGGGUGGCAGGAAUAAAAUAUUAUGAUGAUGUAUACGGGGCACGUGCUAUAUUAAAUGUUUAUGAGCCAAAGGUGAAGAAAGAUAGUAAGGAUCUCAGUGCAACGGGGGUUCAAAUUGAUAAUGGGCCAAAUGGAAUUGAUGGUAUAAUUGUUGGUUAUUCGGUAGCUCCAAACUUGGUUGGUGAUAGCUUCGCGAGGUUUCAUAUUGCUUGGCAUGCAGGCGCAUCGAACAAGUCCUGCUAUGAUCACACAUGUCCUGGUUUCGUGCAAGUUAACCGCAACUUUGGUCUUGGUGGAAGAUUACAACAUGUUUCAGUCUAUAAUGGGAAACAUUAUGUACUUAAGAUCCUUAUUUUCAAGGACACAAAGACAAAGAAUUGGUGGGUAGCAUAUGGUGAAGCAAAUAUACCCAUCGGAUAUUGGCCAAGUUCAUUAUUCACUUACCUUAGGGAUAAAGGUAAUUACACAUUAUGGGGUGGGCAUGUUUCGGGCCCGAUGGCUUCAUCUGAUUCUCCACAAAUGGGUAGUGGACAUUUUGCCUCUGAAGGACAUGGCAAAGCAGCUUUCAUAAAGAGCAUCCAAAUUAUUGAUGAGAAUAACAAGCUUGUUACUCCAAAUGAGAACAGAGUCGUCACUGGAACUAGUGAUAUAACAAAAUAUACUGUUGAUGGUUAUGGCAUUGAUAAGGAGGGUAUGCAUAUGUACUACGGUGGACCAGGUAAUUUCGUCUAA